CAAAAUUAGGCAACCCUAAAAUAAAAACCCUUAUUAUUCCGCCUUUCAUUUCCCCAUUAGCUCACGAAAUCUAUCUUCACCACACUCGGAAACCAAGCAAGCAAACAUGCCAGGUCCCGUUAUUGAAGAAAUUGAUACCAACAAAAAUCUGCAGAUGGAUGAGCCUGUGGUGGAAGACGUGAUGGAGGAUGAGGAACACGAAGAUGACGCUGAGGACUCCGAUGAUGAAGACGAUGACAAGGAAGAUGGUGUCGCAGGGACAAAUGGGAGUUCUAAACAAAGCAGAAGUGAGAAGAAGAGUCGUAAGGCAAUGUUGAAACUUGGAAUGAAACCUGUUACUGGUGUUAAUCGUGUCUCCAUUAAGAGAACCAAAAAUGUAUUGUUUUUCAUAUCAAAACCUGAUGUCUUCAAAAGCCCAAAUUCUGAGACCUAUGUCAUCUUUGGGGAGGCUAAGAUCGAGGAUUUGAGCUCGCAGCUGCAGACGCAGGCUGCCCAACAAUUCAGGAUGCCAGACAUGAGUUCCAUGAUUUCAAAGUCUGAUGCAUCUGCCCCAGAUGCUGCCAUACAGGCAGAUGAAGAAGAGGAAGAGGAAGAGGAAGAGAUUGAUGAGACUGGCGUCGAGGCUCGUGACAUUGAUCUGGUCAUGACCCAAGCAGGGGUGUCAAGGAGUAAGGCUGUCAAGGCUCUCAAGACUCACGAUGGAGACAUUGUCAGUGCCAUCAUGGAGUUGACCACCUGAAAUGGAUUAUUAGCUUAGGCUUCAAAGUUGCUAUUGUGAUGAUUUUUGGAACCGAUGCUGCAAUUUAUUUUAUUAUUGUUUUUUAACCAGCGAAACAUUGAUAAUGAAAUUGUGCCUUUCUUUGUUAUCGGAUAUAUUAUUAGUUGACAUAAAGAAGUUUCGAUUUGCACCA